AUGAGACGUUCUUUUCUCUGGCUCGUCCUGCUGUUGCAGGCGGCCGUCAUCUUGUGUUCCGACGAGCAAAAGGUUUUGCACGAUUACGAAAAAAGCGAUGGCGAUAGCAAAGAAAGACACGCCAAAAUACAGACGGAUGUCCUUCCGGAACACCACACACCCCCUCCGAGGCAGCCCGGGGCAGAACUGGUCGAUCUCGCACUUGAACAGCUGGUCAAGCUUCCGCCCCGAACCUACCCGAGACGCGAACGUCGUUACACCCUCGUCUGGACCGUUCUUCGAUAUGCUCUUAAGUUCGUACCUAGUCUCAAGGUUGCCCCGGUCCCGGGCAGCAGUCCAGUACAGGAUACCAAGGUCACUGGACCGCUGCUGGAGGCCGUGAAGCUGCUGGAACAAUCCGCGCUGCAAAACAACACCGAUGCGCUUUACCUUUUGGCCGACAUGAACUUCUACGGCAACUACACAUACCCCAGAGACCUAAAGGUGGCCUUCGAUCACUAUCAAACCCUCGCGACGCUCCAUGGCAACCGCACGGCGCAGUACAUGAUUGCCCUUUACUAUGCGACUGGAAUCGGCCAUGUUGUUGCACCUGACCAGGCCAAGGCACUGCUUUACUACUCGUUCGCUGCGAUCCAGGGCGAUACCCGCGCCGAGAUGGCCGUCGGCUACCGACACCACAGCGGCAUUGCGACACCAAAGAACUGCGAGGUGGCGAGCAAGUACUACAAGAGGGUAGCAGACAAGGCAAUGGAAUGGUACCGGUCGGGUCCCCCCGGUGGCAUGGCAUGGGUGGUUGAGUCGUACCGUAUUGCUGAUGAGCUUGGCGGCGUCUACGGCGAGGGUGCGAGUGCCUCAAGUGCAGGCAUGAACGCCAUCAAAGUGAGCCCCAACUCGGAUGCCAAUGCCGCCAUCGACGACGUCAUCGAAUAUCUAGACCUCAUGUCGCAAAAAGGUGACGCCAAGGCCUCCUAUAAUCUAGGACGGAUCUACUAUGAGGGACAGAGAGGACUAGACCGAGAUUUGGAUCUUGCCCGCAAGUACUUCUUCACUGUGGCCAAGAGAUACUGGAAGAAGGAUGGCCGCAUAAUGGAAAACCACAAGCAGGGCAUCGAGAAGACAGCAAGCAAAGCCGCCGGCUUCAUCGGGCGUAUGUAUCUCAGGGGCGACGGUGUUGAUCAGAGCUUCGACCAAGCUAAGAGGUGGUUCGAGCGGGGCAUCUCGCAUGGUGAUCCCCAGUCCCAGCACGGUCUUGGUCUUAUGAUGCUUCAUGGGUACGGAAUGCCCAAGAACAUAGCCAUGGCGACCGACCUAUUCAAAGCAGCGGCGGAACAGGACUACGCACCGUCCCAAAUCGAGUUGGGCGUUCUCUACUUAGACCAAGGCGGGGCGGAGGAUGUUCGAAUUGCCAAUAACUAUUUCGAGCUCGCCGCCCGGUACGGCCAGAUCGAGGCACACUACUACCUUGCUGAGAUGGUUUACAACGGCGUGGGCCGCGACAAGACGUGCUCCAUGGCACUGGGGUACUAUAAGAACGUUGCUGAGAAGGCUGAGCCCCUCGUCUCUUCGUGGGCAGAGGCAAAUCAGGCCUAUUACUACGGCGACGAGGAACUGGCGUUUCUGGAGUACGUCAUGGCGGCAGAACAAGGCUACGAGCGCGCGCAGAACAACGUCGCGUUCAUCCUCGACCCUGUUCAGUCGAGACUCCCGCUGCCGGACUGGCUGCCGCUCCCCGAGUGGCUUGGUCUCCGACACACCCGUUCGAGCCUGCUGGACAACCAGAGACUUGCUCUCAUGUACUGGACUAGGUCGUCCAGACAGUCGAACGUGGACUCUCAGGUCAAGAUGGGCGACUACUACUUCCACGGUAUCGGCUCCGAGCCGGAUGUGAACAAGGCCGUUCAGUGUUACACUGGCGCUUCGGACUACUCGCAGAGUGCCCAAGCUCUUUGGAACCUAGGUUGGAUGCACGAGAAUGGCAUCGGACUAACCCAGGAUUUCCAUCUUGCCAAGAGGUACUACGAUCAGGCCCUCGAGGUGAAUGAGGAGGCAUACCUCCCCGUCACCCUGAGUCUUCUGAAGCUCCGCCUCAGAAGCGCCUGGAAUACCUUCACACACGGCCCAAUUCACUCCAUUCAGGACGACCCUAAACCCAAGAAGGACUGGUCCCUUAGCGAGUGGAUCGCCAACUUCCUACAGGACGACCAGCUGUACUACGACGACGCGUACUACGAGGACAUCUUUGAUGACACCAUCGGUGGCACCGGUCCUGACGGCAACCCGCUCGAGGACGAUGGCAUCGCCGAGAGCCUCAUCAUCGUCUUCCUCGCUCUAUCGAUUGUGCUCCUCCUCUACUACCGCCAGCAGAGACAGCAGCAGCACAGGCGGGAGGAAGAGGAACGGCGCCGUCGCGAGGGCCAGCCCGCGGCACCCGUGCCGCAGGGGCAGCAGCAGGACCAAGGCGUGUUUCCACAGCCCGGUAACCCGGAGUGGAACAACUGGGUCGCCGGCGGUAUUGGGCAUUGA